CAGUAUUCAAUAUUAGCGUAGGUAUUCAGGACUUCCUGUAAAAUUAAUUGCAAACAAAAGAAGAGUCGUAUUAAUUUGAGUUGUGAAAUCUGUCGAUUUUUAAUGACACGUAGUGAAAUUGUGAUUAGUGAAAAUUUUAUAAAUGGUGUGCUUAUCAAUAAUUAUAUAGUGCUAAUUCCCAUAGGUGUAAAUUAAUGUGGUCUGUAAGUUUUAAAAGUAUGCAAAAUGGAGAAUAACAUCCGCCAUGCAGCCUUUGCGUUGCUUCUGUUGGCAACAUUGAUUCCUUAUGCACAAUCCUCACAAUGUUCGUGGAUGACAGAAAUCCCCAGACCUGACAGGCCUGAAAUACCGAUCCCAGACUCCACAGAUGUGCCAUGGAGCCAGCGCCCCCUGUUCCCGGUGACCCCUGAGCGGGAGGAGGUAUGUGUGGACAUAUAUCCAAUGGAGGAUGGAGCACCGGUCCAGGUCAUAUACAUGGAUGAGGAAAUAGACGGCGAUGUGUAUAUCGCUCGGCUGAACUAUGAAGGGAGCGCUGAUAUAGAAAUUGUGUUUUUGUCUGGAUCCUACGCUCUGCUUGGCCCAGUCAUCAGAAGAGACGAAAAUAACAUCUUGCAUCUCGUCAUUACUGAAAAACAAGACUACGAGACGCCUGGUAUGCAGCUGUACAUGUUCUACAUCAGAGUGGCUGGGGAGACUGUGGUAGCGGACAUCACCCUGGUCAUCGUCAAUAUCGACGAUAAUGACCCUAUCAUACACGUCUUCCAGGCUUGCGAAUUGGAAGAAUUGGGCGAGCCUCAUCUGACGGAAUGUGUAUACGAAGUGACAGACGCGGAUGGCGCCAUUAGCACACGCUUCAUGACGUUCACGAUUAAUAGCAACCGACCUGAUGACGAGUCCAUCUUCUGCAUCCAGAGCGAAGUCAUCCCGACUGACGUCUAUAGGAUGACAAUGACCAUUGGGAUUACCAGGGCCCUAAACUUUGAGACUACAGAACUGCAUGUCUUCAAUAUAACUGCUUUGGACUCAUUACCCAACACGCACACGGUGACUUUGCUGGUGCAAGUCAUCAAUGUGGAGUCCCGACCUCCGCGCUGGAUGGAGAUCUUUGCAGUCCAGCAGUUUGAUGAGAAAACUAACCAAACCUUCACCGUAAUGGCCAUAGACGGAGACAGGGGCAUCGACAAGCCUAUAAACUAUACUUUGAGAGCAGCACCUGAAGAUGACUUCUUUAGCAUCGAAACUAUCGAUGGAGGUCGCAACGGAAGCUACUUCUAUGUCUCUGAAAUCGACCGAGACACGUUGGAGAGGGAAAUUUUCCAAGUGACCCUCGUGGCUUACAAGGCCGAUAAUGCGUCCUUCUCCACCGACUACAAUGUCGUCAUAAUAGUCAACGACAUCAAUGACCAGAGACCUGAGCCGUUCCAAGACGAGUAUCACAUUGAAAUCAUGGAAGAAACUGCACAAACCCUCACGUUUAAUGAAGAAGUUGGCUUCCAUGAUAGAGAUUUGGGAGAAAACGCCCAAUACAGAUUAUACAUAGAAGAUGUAGAGCCCCCUGGAGCAGCAUCGGCGUUCUACAUAGCUCCUGAGGUGGGCUACCAGCGGCAGACCUUCAUCAUGGGCACGCGCAACCACAGCAUGCUGGACUAUGAGGUCGAAGAAUUCCAGCACGUCAUCGUCAGGGUAGUUGCAGUGGACAUGAACCGCACAGACUUCCGCGGCAACUUCACCGUCCACAUCGACCUGAUCAACUGGAACGACGAGGAGCCGAUCUUCGAGGAAACCACACAAACGGUCGUCUUUGAUGAGACUGAAGGCGAGGGCUUCUAUGUGGCGACUGUUUUGGCCGUGGAUAGAGAUAUUGACGAUAGAGUUGAGCAUGUGCUACUGGGCAACGCUGGUGACUAUCUGACUAUCGAAGAGAAUUCAGGAAGAAUUUAUGUAACUGCAAACGACUCUUUUGACUAUCACCGACAGAGCGAACUGUUUGUACAGGUCCGAGCUACCGACACGUUGGGAGCGCCGUUCCACACAGCCACCGCCCAGUUGGUGAUCCAACUGAAUGACAUCAACAACACACCGCCCACAUUGCGCCUGGCCCGCGGAAGUCCCAAUGUGGAAGAGAACGUCCCACAGGGCUACGAGAUCGAGUGGGACAUUCGCGCCACGGACCCGGACACCACGGCGGAGCUGCACUUCGAGAUUGACUGGGAGACUUCGUACGCCACCAAGCAGGGGAGGGAAACCAACCCUAUCGAGUUUCAUGAUUGCCUCGAAAUCGAGACCUACUACCCAGAUGAGGGCAACCUGGGUUCCGCAGCCGGUCGACUGAUCGUCAAGGAGAUCAGACAUAACGUGACCAUCGACUACGAGGAGUUCGAGGUGCUCUACCUCACCGUCAGGGUCCGCGACGUGAAGACUGUCCUCGGGGAUGAUAGCGACGAAUCGACCCUGACAAUAACAAUAAUCGACAUGAACGACAACUGGCCGAUAUGGGCAGAAGGGACUCUGAGCCAAGAGUUCAGGGUGACGGAGAUGGCGGCCGCGGGCACCGUCAUCGGUUCUGUGCUGGCUACAGACAUCGACGGACCACUGUACAAUCAAGUGCGGUACACUAUAUAUCCUACAUCUACGACGGACGAAGAGGAGGUGCCGACUCCGGAAAACCUAGUGCAGAUAGACUUCUACACGGGACAGAUCACAGUGGCCCAGGGAGCGGCCAUUGAUGCUGACGUUCCACCGCGACACUACCUCAACUACACUGUCAUAGCCAGCGACCGAUGCUACGCUGAAAACACCACUGAGUGUCCCGAUGAUCCAACUUAUUGGAAUACUGAUGGAGAGAUAUCAAUCAGAAUCAUCGACACCAACAACAAGAUCCCGGUAGCAGAGACGAGUCAGUUUAACGAGACCGUGUGGAUCUACGAGAACGCUACCAGCGGCGACACGGUCGUCCAAUUGGUGUCCAGCGAUUUGGACAGGGAUGAAAUAUAUUACACCGUGAGCUACCAAAUCAACUAUGGCGUAGCGCCCCGUCUGCGCGACUUCUUCGCGGUGGACCUGAACACGGGGCUGGUGUACGUGGAGUACACCACCGGGGAGACCCUGGACCGGGACGGGGACGAGCCACAGCACGAGAUCUUCCUGACCCUGACUGAUAACUUCUUAACCGAUGGAGACGGCAGACGGAACCAGGCGGAGCAGCGCGUGCUGGUGGUGCUGCUGGACGUCAACGACAACGCGCCCGAGCUGCCCGCGCCCGCGCAGCUCGCCUGGGACGAGUCCGAGGGCGCCGCGCAGGCGACACCUCUAAACGGGUGGAUUUUCGCUCGCGACCGCGACGAGCCGUGCACGGACAACUCCCGCGUGGGGUACUCCAUCAACACCCUCGCUGUGAUCAACAGGGACCUGGACGUUCCCCAGAACAUGUUUUACAUGGAAACUAACUGCGAUGAGAUCACUUGUGAAUGCCGCGGCAGGCUGUGGACUAAUAUAGACUUGAGGGGGUAUUGGGGGACGUACGAUAUUAAUAUCAUAGCUUUCGACCACGGCGACCCUCCGCUGAGUUCCAACGAGACCUAUGAGCUGGUGGUGAGACCCUACAACUACCACUCGCCUGUUUUCGUAUUCCCUCGACAGGACAGCAUUAUUCGACUGGCCAGGGAAUGGGCAGUCGUGAACGGAAUGUUGGCGAUGGUGUCUGGCGACAUCCUGGAGCGGGUCUCGGCGACUGAUGAGGACGGUCUGCAUGCUGGCGUUGUGACCUUCGCAGUCACUGGCAACACCGAGGCAUCGGAGUACUUCGAUGUUUUGAAUGAGGGUGACAACGCCGGAACACUGCGACUGAUCCAAGCAUUAGAUGACGACGUGCUACGACCUCGCGAAUUCCAGGUAACAAUAACAGCCACAGACGGAGGCACAGAACCCGGGCCCCUGAGCACGACCACCUCCGUGCGUCUGGUGUUCGUGCCGACCCAGGCCAACCCUGUGUUCUCUGACGAGACCGCCACUGUUGCCUUCAUGGAGGGUGAACAAGGUCUAACAGAACGUUUUGAGCUGCCCAAAGCUGAUGAUCCAAAGAAUUAUGGCUGCGAUGGGGACUGUCACGUAAUCUACUACAGAAUUGUUGAGGGAAACGACGAAGGAUUCUUCGUGCUAGACCAGCUCACGAAUGAGAUAUACUUGGCGAGUGAACUCGACCACAACACGAGUUCCUCGCACGUGCUAAUGGUUGCUGCAAGUAACUCGCCACUCGCCUCGCCAGUUAUAUCUGGUAGUACUAUCGCCGUCCAUGUCGUCGUAAGGGAAGCCGAUCCUCGACCAUUCUUCUUAAGAAAUCUCUACACAGCGGGUAUAUCUUCCUCUGACACUAUCAAUAAAGAAGUACUUCGAGUGGAGGCUGACCACUCAGAAGGCGAUGCGCUCACUUACACCAUCGACCGCGACUCCAUGGUAGUUGACCCAUCUCUGAAUGCUGUCCGGGACUCCGCCUUCAUCCUGAACCCCGCGUCGGGGGUCCUGACCCUCAACAUGCAGCCCAGCAACUCCAUGCAUGGCAUGUUUGAGUUCGACAUCAUUGCCAAUGAUACAGCUGGUGCAACUGCAUCGACUGAAGUGAAAGUGUACCUGAUAUCGUCCCUCAAUCGAGUAUUCUUCACUUUCGAAAACACCCUGGAGGAGGUCGAAACUCACGCUGACUUUAUAGCCGAGACGUUCUCCACCGGGUUCGUGAUGACCUGCAACAUCGACCAGAUCGUGCCCGCCAGCGACAGCAGCGGCGUCGCGCUCGACGACCUCACCUCCGUCCACGCACACUUCAUACGAGACGACGUACCCGUCUCCACUGAUGAGAUUGAACUCCUGCGCAGUGACACACUGCUCCUGCUGGCGAUCCGGCAGAUCCUGCAGCGCGAGGACCUGUUCCUGCAGGACCUGGUGACGGAUAUCAGCCCCGAGCCCGCGGACCCCAACCUCACCACGGUGUACGUGCUGGCGGCUCUGGCCGCGCUCCUUGGGUUCUUGUGUCUGGUGCUACUGCUUACCUUCAUCGUCAGGACUCGAGCGCUCAACCGGCGGCUGCAGGCGCUAUCGAUGACGAAGUACGGCUCCGUGGACUCGGGGCUGAACCGCGCAGGGCUGGCGCCCGGCACCAACAAGCACGCCACGGAGGGCUCCAACCCUAUCUGGAACGAGGCCAUCAGGGCUCCGGACUUCGACACUGUUAGCGACAUAUCAGGAGACUCCGACCUGAUUGGAGUAGAAGAUUUGGCACAGUUCAAUGAGAACUACAUUCCGCCGGGAGACAACAACUCCGUCGAAGACAUCACGCCAACAAACGACAGCGUGGCCACCCACGGCAACCAGUUUCGUUUCAACGCCAGCCCGUUUAGUCCAGGAUUCUCACAAAGUAACUUCAGGAGCUGAAAGCAGAUCAACAGACAUACAUAAAGUUUUUUUAAUGCAUCCAUGAAGCAAACAAGUUGCACCUGCAACUGCAAGAUAUUAUUUAUGUGACAGUUUACUGUUAACGUUAUAACAUUGGUUACCAUAGGACAGGCAUGUUGCCUAAUGUGGGACCAAUUGUAUAAGCAAUGUAGCAAAGUUUUAGUUAUUUAAUAAAUUUCAUUUCAUUUACAGUAUAAGCUCAGCUUUAUAAGAAUAUAAAAGUAUUAUGCAUAAGUAACUCAAAUAAAUAUAUAAACAAUAGUAACUAGAUUUUGAAAGAAUACAAUAAAAUAAAUUAUUAUAUUUACCCA